AUGUGCCUGAUGUGGUUUACAAACGUUCUGUUAGCGCUUAGCGCAGUUUUGCCGGCAUGGAGUGCGUCUUUAUCGGCAACGACAGGAACUCGAUAUCAAGCUCCCGAUGAAUGCCGGUGGACUACCGAUGAAGACGACACAGGUGUCUCGUUACAAUGUCGGUUAAGGACCAUAAAUAGCGAAUUAGAAAAUACAAAUUUUAGUGCCAUUCAACCACACCUAACUGCGCGUCUGCGUCUUGAAUGUAGUGAUGCGCUUUUUUUCCAAAGUUCCCUCGCGCCAGAAAGUUUUCGCCAAUUAAUAGAAUUAAGAGAACUUACCAUCGAAUACUGCAAGAUUGGGAAUCUGUCGGAUAGUGCCUUCACUGGCCUCCGAGAGCUUAGAAAUUUGACAAUACGGACUCAUAAUACUGAUUGGUCUACAAUGUCUUUAGAAAUAACACCUACAGCAUUUACAACUGUACAAAAUCUGGAAAGACUUGAUCUUAGUGAAAACAACAUGUUAGCGUUUCCUGAAGGAGCUCUUUGCUCGUUAAGGAACCUGGAGUAUUUGAAUAUGACUGGAAACAGAAUGAGAGAUAUUAGUCAUUUUCAAUUUUCAACCGCACAUCGCCAUCCCACAGAAAAAUGUGGGGAUAACCUUUUAAUACUGGAUCUGUCGAGAAAUCUAAUUGAUACGAUACCACCAGGCCUUCUGUCUGGACUAAGAAGAUUACAAAAGUUGUAUCUUCAAGGCAAUGGUCUCAAUUCAGUUGCAGACAGAGCUUUAGAAGGACUUAUAUCUCUUACAACAAUGAGGUUUUCUGACAAUCAGCUGACCAGUUUACCUCCUGAAUUAUUUAGUGACACUAAAGAGUUAAAAGAAAUAUAUUUAAACAAUAAUACAAUUACUGUGUUAGCUCCAGGGUUGUUCAGUGAUCUUUUACAACUUCUCGUCCUGGAUUUAUCUUACAACGAAUUGACUUCAGACUGGAUAAACACCUCAACGUUUUCAGGGUUGAAAAGACUUGUAUUUCUAGAUUUUUCACACAACAGAGUGUCAAAAAUGGAAAUUGCACUAUUUAGAGAUUUACAUAGCUUACAGAUACUAAAAAUGCAGGACAAUUUUAUAGAACAUAUCCCAGAGAAUGUGUUUAGCUCACUUGUAAAUUUACACACACUGAUAUUAUCUAAUAAUAGGCUUACGAAUAUCGAGAGCUAUGCAUUUAUGGGUUUACAAGUAUUAUCUGUCUUAUCUAUUGACAGUAAUCGUAUCUCGAAAAUACACCCGCAUGCCUUGCGCAAUUGUACUUCUUUACAAGAUUUACAUAUAAACGGAAACAGGUUAGAUGAAGUUCCAAUGGUCUUAAAAGAAAUACCUCAAUUAAAAACACUUGACCUUGGAGAAAACUUAAUAGUGAGCAUUGAAAACGCUUCAUUUAUGACAAUGCAACAAAUGUAUGGAUUGAGAUUAACGGAAAAUAAUAUAGGAAACAUAAGCAAAGGGGUAUUUGACAAAAUGACAUCACUAAAAAUUCUCAAUUUAUCUCGAAAUAAAAUCCAUAAAAUUGAAGCCGGUGCCUUCGAUGGCAACAUAAACUUACAAGCUAUAAGAUUGGAUGGAAAUUACUUGACCGACAUCGGUGGACUUUUCGCCAAGUUACCUAAUUUGGUAUGGUUGAACAUUUCUGAUAAUCGUCUAGAAUGGUUCGACUACGCUAUGAUUCCAACUGGAUUGCAGUGGUUGGACAUUCACGCUAACAGAAUUGCUGAACUUGGAAAUUACUUUGAAAUUGAAUCGCAACUAUCGCUUAGUACUUUCGACGCAAGUUCUAAUAGGUUAACGGAGAUAACCGGAAGUGCUAUACCUAAUUCAGUGGAGAUGUUGUAUUUAAAUGAUAAUUUAAUUUCAAAAGUACAAUCAUAUACCUUUUUUAAAAAACCGAAUUUAACGAGAGUCGACUUGUAUGGAAAUAAAAUAACAAGUUUAGAUCCUAACUCGUUGAGAAUAUCUGCCGUGCCACAAGAUAAAACCGUGCCUGAGUUUUUUAUCGGUGGAAACCCACUAGAAUGUGAUUGUACAAUGGAAUGGCUGCAAAAAAUAAAUACUGGAAACAGAGCUAGAACUCAACCUAAACUAAUGGACUUGGAUAGUAUAUAUUGUAAAUUACUUUACAAUAGAGGCAAUGCGUACGUACCUUUGGUUGAAGCCGCAUCGCAUCAGUUUUUAUGUAAAUACGAAUUUCACUGUUUUGCACUAUGCCAUUGCUGUGAUUUUGAUGCCUGCGAUUGUGAAAUGACUUGUCCUAAUAACUGCACUUGUUAUCACGAUCAAUCAUGGUCAGCUAAUGUUGUAGAAUGUUCUAAUGCUAAUUACGUAAACAUGCUACCCGAAAGAAUACCGAUGGAGGCAACACAAUUGUAUCUCGAUGGUAACGACAUAAAAAUACUCCCAAGUCACGCUUUUAUAGGCAGAAAACGACUAAAAAUAUUGUACUUAAAUUCAUCAAAUAUAGAAAUAAUUCACAAUAGAACUUUUAAUGGAUUAAAAGAACUGGAAGUACUACAUCUCGAUUAUAACAGUUUAACUAUGGUCGAAGGACAGGAAUUUAACGGUCUCGAUAACUUACGAGAGUUAUAUCUAAAUAAUAACAAAAUAAAAACUAUUGGGAAAGAGAUGUUUAGUCAUAUGCCAAGAUUAAAAAUAUUACACUUACAGCACAAUAGAUUAGUGACCUUGCAAGUAUGGCAAAUAAAUGUUGCCGUUACUACAAUUUCACUAUCAUAUAAUCCAUGGUCAUGUGACUGUGAAUACACUGAGAUGUUCCGAGAAUGGACAAAACGUGUAAACUCAAUAAUAGAUAUAUCUACUGUAAAGUGUAUUUACUCAAAAUCUAAUAACACUGAUAUCGAUUUAUAUAAUGAGAACAUGUUUGACGACCCUAACUCAGGAUUUAAAAUAGUGGAAGAAAAUGGAACUAUAUGCACUGGAAUGCCUAGUAUAAACAAUAGUAUCAACGGUAAUUUGACAGCUACUAAAACUAUUUUAACUAAUGAAGAAGUAGACUACAUUCCUUUAUUGGUCGCAACUCUAGGUCCAGUUAUUAUUAUCUUAAUUGUCGUGGUGACUGUGUUUAUAUACAGACAGCAAAUGAGAGUGUGGUGUCACUCAAAAUUUGGUGUUAGAUUGUGUUACAAAGGAAGUGACAUGGACAACGACGACGGCGAAAAACUUUACGACGCAUUCAUCAGCUACAGUUCGAAAGACGAAACGUGGGUGACAGAAAAAUUAGCACCAAUGUUGGAACACGGAGAUCCUCCUUACAAGCUUUAUUUACAUUAUCGCGAUUGCCCUGCUGGUGGAUAUAUAGCCGACAACAUAAUUCAGGCCGUAAAAUCAUCGCGUCGUACAAUAAUGGUGUUAAGUGAAAACUUUAUAAAAUCCGAGUGGUGUCGUUUUGAAUUUAAAUCUGCUCAUCAUCAAGUGCUAAACGGUGGAAGAAAAAAACUAAUCGUGGUUAUUUUAGGAAACGUGCCUAAAAAGGAUCUCGACCCCGAUAUAAGACUUUAUUUAAAAACAAAUACGUGUGUGAAAUGGGACGAUAAACUAUUCUGGGAAAAAUUAAGAUUUGCUCUACCCGACGUUCCUAAUAAGCAAAGGCGUCGCGGAAUGCCAAGUCCGGGAGCUGGUUUAGUUCCGAUGCAUCGACACCAUCAUCCUCGAAACCAUUUGGGUGCAUUACCACCACCACCAGUACAUGGAGCUCAUCCUGUGUUGCCGCCACAUCCUUCCCACGCCCAGCAUCAAAUCCCAUCCCGAGCCUCACCCCGAAACCUUUCCGUCCAUGUGUAGUGUUGUGAAUAAACUAAAACUGUGUAUAUAAUGACUAAGUGCGAAGUGACUCUAAAAGUGAAUUUGUGAUGGCUAGUCGGUUAUCGUAUGUAAUGUACAUAUAUUUUUAAAAUACAAUAGUCUUAUAUUAUAAUUGUAAAUAGCUUAAUAUAUCGUACCGCGAUAAUAUCAACCAUAAACUUAAAAUAGUAGUAAUUAAAAACUUGAUGUACUAUUUGUGUAAAAGCAUAAGCUUUGACCGUUUUAUAAGAACAGCACUGUUAAUGCAAUUCAACUGAGUUAUGUAAAACAAAUAACUAAAAAUGGCAUGUUGCCAAAAUCUGUGAUAAAUUAGUUGUAGCUAGUUAGGUUACCUAGUAUUACUGUACAUUUGUAAUUUAGUCACGAGAGAAUAACGUAUUUAUUGUAAAAUUUCAAAAAUGGACUGUGUCAAAAAGUGAUAAAGAGAAUAAAAUAUGAUUUUUAAUAAAA